AUGGGCGUGGUCAGCACUACAGGUACCGCUCAGCACACGUCUGUAGUGUCAGCACUCAAGAGACAGAGGCCAAAGGAUGCCAAGCUCAAGGUCAACCCAGACUACACACACCUUGUGCGACAGUUCCUGAGGCGCUUUUCGGCGCUGCUGCCGUGUUGCGCGGCGUUGGCUGCUGGACCCCGCGGCGGCGUUGGCUGGGCCGCUGCGCUCUCCACAGGCGUGCUGUGGCUGGGGGCUUCGGCAGGGGGGGGCGCGCGCUGCCGGGGCGCGAAGCCAAGACAGACCUUUGCUCCGGCCUCCCGCGGGCUCCAACCCACACCCCGAUCUCCGCUGAAGGGAAACGUUCGCGCCUCCUGGGAGGCCAGUACAGUGGUAGCGGUUGGACUGACCAUUGCUGCUGCAGGAUUUGCAGGCCGUUAUGUUUUACAAGCCGUGAAGCAUGUGGAGCCUCAAGUAAAACAAGUUUUUCAAAGCCUACCAAAAUCUGCCUUCAGUGGUGGGUACUAUAGAGGUGGGUUUGAACCCAAAAUGACAAAACGCGAGGCAGCAUUAAUACUAGGUGUCAGCCCUACUGCCAAUAAAGGGAAGAUCAGGGAUGCUCACCGACGGAUCAUGCUCUUAAACCACCCAGACAAGGGAGGAUCUCCUUAUAUAGCAGCCAAAAUCAAUGAAGCUAAAGACUUACUAGAAGGUCAAGCUAAAAAAUAAAUGUGAUGAAUUUUGAGUCCAUUAGUCUAUGUAUGAGUAUGAUUUUAUAAUAAAAUACCUCAUAGCUAUAGUUUGUGAAAAUGGCUUGGCAUAAGCUAAA